AUGCCUGUCUUUUUAGCAGCUCCUGUUCACCUUCGCUUCUCUGACGAAGAUCUUUAUUAUACGCAUUAUCGCUUAUGGGAAUUAACCAAAUUGGAGGAUUUGAUUCGAAAAGAAAAGGAUUUACAGAAAUCAGUAGCCGUCGACGGCGUAAAUCAAAGUGUUGCGCAGAGCUACAGCUUCGCUAAGUUGUGGAAGCAUGAAUCUAUUGAAAAGGGUAAUGUUGUAAAGCAAGAAAAAACAGUUUUGUCGGAUGAUGAGGACGAAGAGGAUGAGCCGCUGCUCAAAUCGGACACUGAAGCGCAUUAUGAAUGUGGUUUCAGCUCGUUUGGGAAAGUGCAUGUGGUGACGCCUGCUGUGGGUCGCAAAAUGUCGCUAAAUACAAAGGAUUUCGAUAACAGUGGAAUGCAUACAGGUAUUUCAACAACAAAAGAAGUUUAUGGAUUUGACAUUGAAGAACCUUCCGAGAGCGAUAUGUUAAAAUAUGUCAAAUACGCUGAAAUGUGUGACUGCACAGUUCAAGCCAAACAGGGACUGUUAACGAAUCAACCUAAAAGACUGGGCGAUAUGUCUACUUCAGCUAUCUCCGAUUACGGCCGUUUAAAACCGACGUCAUUUUUCACUUCAGAUAAUGCUUUUAUGGUUCAUCCGCUUCCGGUUUCGAAAGCUUCAAUGAAAAUUUAUGUCGACAGCGUUGAAUGCGGUCGACGAGGACCCAAAAAUCCAUCGAGAACUGAUAUGCAAAAUUAUCAAAACUAUGCGUUUGAAAAACGUUCCGGUUUUGCUGUUCAGAAUCUUGUUUACUGA